GUUCAGAUGGUUUGAAAAGCCCAAAAUAGACGAAGACGGAAAGCAGGGUUUAGUCCUCGGCUCGGACGCAGCUGAACUUGAAGCGCAGUCAUGGCUGACUCCUCGGAACUUCUCUGCGAGGUGGCGAAGAAGGGCGACGUAGACAAAGUGAAAUCGCUCAUCGGCUCCGGAGCCGACGUCUCUUACUUCGACGGCGAUGGUUUAACUCCACUGAUGCACGCUGCCAAGCUCGGCCAUGGCAACGUCGUCAAGCUCCUUCUCGAUGCUGGCGCUCCUUGGAACGCUCUUUCCCCUUCUAAUCACUCCGCUGGCGACUUCGCCAUGGAUGCCGGCCACCAAGAAGCCUUCGAUAUUCUCCUCAAUGCUGGAAUUCAAGCUGAAUUGAUUCUUGGCACAAUUGCAAGGAGAGCAAAUGAGAACAACAGCAACUCCAAUGGGGAUUAUUUGGAAGAUAGGGUUAGUUUUAGCGAAGAUAAGCUCUUGGACUCCCACAGUAAAGGUGUUAUGAUGGCUUGGGAGAAACCUCUGAUGGAGGCACACGCGAAAGCUGUAUGCUCAGGAGGUGGUGACAUCCUGAACAUUGGAUUUGGGAUGGGGCUUGUGGAUACCGCCAUUCAACAGUACUCCCCUACUUCACACACCAUUGUAGAGGCACAUCCAGAGGUCCAUGAUCGGAUGAUUCGUUGUGGCUGGGCCGAGAAGGAGAAUGUGAAGAUUGUGUUUGGUCGUUGGCAAGAUGUUCUUCCACAGCUUGGAACUUACGAUGGUAUUUUCUUUGACACUUAUGGAGAGUAUUAUGAAGAUUUGAGAGAGUUCCAUCAACAUCUGCCCAAGUUAUUGAAGCCUGGGGGGAUUUAUUCAUUCUUCAAUGGGCUAUGUGGAGGUAAUGCAUUCUUCCAUGUAGUGUACUGUAAUUUAGUGUCACUAGAGCUCGAGAAUCUGGGGUACUCGACGCAGUUGAUUCCCUUGCCUGUCAAGGAAUGUUUGCCAGAAGAUGUUUGGGAAGGAGUGAGGCACAAGUACUGGCAGCUUGAUACAUACUACCUCCCCGUCUGCCAGUCUUCACAGGAUCCUGAAUGAAUGUUAUCAGAAAUCUGAAUUCUUGAGAGAACUUAUAAUUAAACAUGGGUUGUUUCUUCUGCUUGAGUUGUGUCUUCUUCUUAUUCUUUGUUGAUGAUCGAUUCUCUUAGAUCGUGGAUGGAUCAGCCUACUUAUGGUUUUUAGAC